AUGGAUUCCAGGCCGGACGGGCCCUCCCUGCCACCCGGGGCGACGCCAGCCGGGCCCCGCCGCCGGCGGGCACCGGUCCCGGGCCUCGUGGCCGGCGAGCGGGCCCCGCCGUCGCAGGCCGGGGUGGCCCUGCUGCUCUACUUGCUGGCCGCCCCCCGGCCGGGCCGCCCCGAGCAGCUCUUCCACAGGCGGGACCGCUCGGACCUGGAGGUGGCCGUCCUGCCCCGCGCUCCGCCCAUCAAUGACCUCCCUUCGGCCCAGGAAUUCCUGUCCAAGUACGGGUGGACUCAACGCACCCCCCGGCCGACCCCGGGCCGGGGGUCCGGGCCGGGCGCCGGGCCUACGGGGGAAAUGGCGGGACAAGCCGCCCCCGGGCCGGCCUUCGCCGAGGCCGUGCGUGGCUUCCAGAGGGUCAACGGCCUCCCCGCCACCGGCCUCCUCGACGAGGCCACGGUGGCCGCCAUGAACAGGCCGAGGUGCGGUGUCCCCGACGGGCCGGCCGGCGGGCCUCCUCCGGCCAGGGGCCUCCCCCGGGCCAUCCCCAGGCCACCGAGGCGACGGCGAGGGGCGGAGGCCGGGCCCGCGGCCUUCUCCCGGAGGACGCUGAGGUGGAGGCUGUUGGGCGAAGGCUACAGCGGCCAACUCUCCGUCGACGAGCAGAGGGCCGUCCUGCGCUCGGCCUUCCGCAUGUGGAGCGAGGUGACGCCGCUCAACUUCCAGGAGGAGCUGGGGGCCCGGGCGGCCCCCGUGGACAUCCGGCUGGCCUUCGGGCGAGGCCGUCACCUGGGGUGCCCACGGGCGUUUGACGGGAGCGGGCAGGAGUUCGCGCACGCCUGGCGCCUGGGCGACGUCCACUUCGACGACGACGACCACUUCACGUCCCCCAGCAGCGACCAAGGCCUCAACCUCCUCAAAGUGGCGGUCCACGAAAUCGGCCACGUGCUGGGAUUGCCCCACACCCAACGGCCGGGAUCCAUCAUGCGGCCUAACACCGUCCCGCAGGGCCCGGGCUUUGAGCUGGACGUGGCGGACCGGAAGGCCAUUCAGCGGCUGUACGGUUCCUGCACGGGGCCCUUCGACGCCGUGUUCGACUGGAUCCGCACGGAGAGGAGCCCGUUCGGAGAGCGGCUGGUGCGAUUUAACACCUAUUUCUUCCGCGGCGGCUGGUACUGGCUCUACGAGAACCGGAAAAACCGGACGCGCUACGGAGACCCCAUCCCCGUGGUCACGGGCUGGCGGGGGCUCCCGCCCCGCGACCUCGACGCCUUCGUCCACGUCUGGUCCCGCGGGAGAGACGAGCGCUACUUCUUCAAAGGGAAUCGCUACUGGAGGUACGACGGCGACGGCGACCGGACGUACGCGGAGGACGAACAGGGCCGCGCGUAUCCCAGGCCGAUUUCCGAGCGGUUCCCGGGCAUCCCGACUCCCCUCGACGCCGCCUUCUACGAGCGGAGAAGCCAGUGGAUCUACUUCUUCAAGGGCGCACUGGUGUUCGCCUUCGACGUCCGCAGGAACCAGGCGGUGGGCUCGUACCCCAAGAAGCUGAGCGCGGCCUUCCCCGCGCUGCGGCCGCCCAGCCACCCGGCCAGGCACCUGGACGCGGCCUACCCCUCCUACGGCCACGGCGCCGUCUUCCUCUUCAAGGGCGGCCAGUACUGGCAGGUGGUGGGCGACGGCGACAGGCGGCGGGACCCCACCCUGCCCGUCCACGGACUCUUCCGCGCCCGGCCCGUCUCGGACCGCUGGCCCGACAUCUGCGACGUCCACCCGUCCGCCCCGGGUCGGAAGUAGGCCGGAGGGGGGGCCCGGCUCCCGAA